AUGAGCCCCGGCUCAGGCGGCUACCUCAGGGGCAGUGGCGGGGGCAAAGUGAGGGAUGGGGCCGUCCGUCAGUCACUGGGACUGGCGUCUGGCGCGUUCGAACUCCAGAUCUUGAGCGUGCAAAACUUUCGAGGGGAAGUGGAAUCGGGGGAAUGUUGUGGAAGUGGCGUGAAGACAAAGAGUGGCUCCUGCAGCGCCCAGUGUCACACUUACUUUCGUCUGUGCCUUAAAGAGUACCAAAACCAAGUGACCCUGAAGGGACCCUGUACGUACGGCAACACGUCCAGCAGUGUCAUCGGGGAAGCGAACGAACUCGCCUUUUCGGAUCCCGACCAGAGCGUCCCCACGCUCGUUCUCAAGUUCACCUUCAGCUGGACCAAAUCCUUCACGCUGAUCCUGGAGGCGGUGGAUAGAGACAACAAAACUGGCGUUGCGCUGGAUCGAUUGAUGGACAGAGCGACACAUUCGGGAAUCAUUAUCCCCGGUCCAUCGUGGGAGACCCUAACCCACAGCGGGACCAGGGCGAAGAUCACCUACCGAAUCCGAGUGAAAUGCGACCCUAAUUACUACAAUUACACAUGCAUGAAGUACUGCCGACCGAGAGAUGAUAUGUUCGGCCAUUAUUCCUGUGGUGAGAAUGGCGAUAAGCCGUAUGCAGGACGGGAUGCCAUCCAGACCACGGAUAUUGCGAGAAGCCAGGAGAAUGCAUUUCGGUUCCUUCUGGAAACCACCAAAAAUGUUUUUAAUCGAAAUCCUCUUUACAGAUGUCGGCACGGCUGGCGAGGCGAAUUCUGCGACCAGUGCAUUCCGUAUCCGGGAUGCCAGCACGGCUAUUGCAAUGCGCCGUGGCAGUGCAUCUGCGACAUCAACUGGGGAGGGAUCCUCUGCGACCAAGAUCUCAACUACUGUGGGACCCACGAGCCGUGCCUGAACGGAGGGACCUGCGAGAACGUGGCACCCGACAAAUAUCGGUGCACCUGCCCGGAAGGGUUCUCGGGGGUCAAUUGCGAGGUGGUGGAGCACCCGUGCGCGCCCGCUCCGUGUCGCCAUUCUGGCACUUGCCUCGAAGAAGAACCGGCUGGGUUUCACUGCGUCUGUGCGCCCGGAUGGACGGGAGAAACCUGUCAAAUCAAUAUGAACGAGUGUGAGUCUUCCCCGUGUCUCCACGGAGGGACCUGCGUGGAUUUGGUCAACGGUUUCAAGUGCCUCUGUCCGUCUGGUUGGGAAGGAGAAACCUGUCAUCUCGAUGUGGACGAAUGCGCAAGCAGUCCGUGUCUUCACGCCGAGGAAUGCGUGAACGUGGUUGGGGACUACCGGUGCAAGUGUCACCGAGGCUGGACGGGGAAGGACUGCGACCAGAACAUCGACGACUGCCUGGGUCAGUGCCUCCACGGAGGCACUUGCAUCGACCUCGUCCACGACUAUCACUGCGCCUGUGCCCCGGGAUUCACAGGGCGUCAUUGCGAGAGGAAUGUGAACGAAUGCGGGAGUUCGCCGUGCAAGAACGGCGGAGAAUGCGUGGAUCUCGUGGACGGAUUUCGCUGCAUCUGCCCCUUCGGCUUCACUGGACCCACUUGCCAGGAGGACGCGAACAUGUGCAAGCCGAAUCCGUGCAGGAAUGAUGGCGUUUGUUUCAAAGUUCCCGGGGACUACAUCUGCCAAUGUGGAGACCUUUGGGGAGGAAAAAAUUGCCAGACACCCCGAGUCGCCUGCAACAAUCCUCCUUGUCCAGUGGACAUCUGCACGGUGCAGGUGCCUUGGAACGAGAGCUGGACGGGGUUCAUCCGGGUGCCCUCCGCCGUGUGUGGCAAUCACGGGUCGUGCGUGCCUCUCCCCGAUUCGCGGUUCAUGUGUGCCUGCCACCCCGGAUUCAGUGGAACCUACUGCCAGCACAAUAUCGACGAUUGCGAAUUGGCGGAGUGCCAGAAUGGGGGGACCUGUGUGGAUGGGGUGAAUUCCUACCAGUGUAUAUGCCCUCAAGGAUGGGAGGGUCCCAAUUGCAGUAUCAACAAGAACGAAUGCGAGCCCAACCCUUGCCGAAACAACGGGACGUGUACGGAUCUGGUGGGGGAUUUCCGGUGCGAAUGCCAAGGCGGUUGGAGAGGUCGGCUUUGCACAUCGCUGGUGAGCCACUGCAACGACUCCCAUCCGUGCCGAAACGGCGGGACCUGCCUGGACCUGGGGCACACCUUCGCUUGCCAGUGCCCUCCUGCGUGGAUGGGAUCCGUUUGCCAUCUUUCUACGAGGCGGGCGUGCGACUCUAAUCCGUGUCAGAACGAUGGGACGUGCAUCAACACGGGGCAAUUCUUUUCCUGCAUCUGCAAGGAAGGAUUCAAGGGACUUCACUGCGAGCAGAACGUGAACAACUGCAACCCCAUGCCAUGCUACAACGGAGGAACGUGCGUGGAUCACGUGAAUUGGUUCAUCUGCGAAUGCCCACCGGGUUUCACGGGACCAGACUGCCGACUUCGCAUCACCGGGUGCACCUCCAAUCCCUGCGCUCACGGUGCCACGUGCAUCCCGGGCUUGAAGGAUUCAUCUUCGCACAGAUGCAUCUGUCCGCCGGAUCACACCGGCGAUCGAUGCCAAUACUUGCUGGGGGGAGGAUCAGAGAAGCCGUGCCUGAGGGAAGGACGUAUGUACGCGAGCAACUCUUCUUGGAACGAGGACUGCAACACGUGCAGGUGCCACGACGGAGAGGUCACUUGCUCCCAAAUGUGGUGUGGCCACGGGAUGGGGAAUUGCUUCCCCGGUCGAGACAGAAGAGAAUCGUCCGGUUCUGUCCAAUGCGCCCCGUCGGAGGAAUGCGUCCCGUGGUCCCUGGAUCGAUGUCUUUCCCCGCCGUGUUCCCCGUGGGGACAUUGUCUCCCGGAGGGAUCCCCAGGCCCAUCGUCGCUGGGACCAGCUCCGCCUUCGUGCCACCCGAAUCAGGCGAUCCCGUCGAACACGUGUGCCCGCCUCACGCUGCUCUUCAUACCUCACCUCCUGCCGAGGGGCAGCUCUGUUGAAGGCGUCUGUUCGCAGUUGCGUCGCCUGUUGACGCUCCAUCUCGCCCAGCCGGGCUUGGUCGUCAUUCUCUGCGAUCUCAAACAUGGCCUCACCGAUGUCUUCGAGAUCACCGUCGUGAGUUUCCUCCUUGGGUUUCGUUGUUUGCGGAAGUCGACUCCAGGUGGGGAAAGAAACGCAAGCGGCCUCGCCCAGCUACUCGGGGACAUCAUCAGCAGGAAGCAGACACACAUCGGUGCUUUGGCAGCCGUCUCAGAGGUCAAGGUGGAGACGGCUCUUCUUUCUACUCACGAACGGGAUUCAGGCUACUUGUACCAGAUCGUCUUCAUCUGUGCCUUGCCCGUAAUCCUCCUCCUUCUACUCAUUCUCUUCGUAUUCAUCUGUCAUCAUCGACGAACUGCAAACAGUCACAUGCACGCUUGUUCCAAGUACAACGAGGACUACGAGAUCGAGCGCUCCAACAAUAUUCAGAACGAGGAAAAUCUGCGCCGGUACCACAACCCGUUGAAAAACAGUCCAGUGGAAGACGAAGGAGGGGGCUAUCGGGUGCAGCGCGUCGCGAAGGGGAGGUCGUGGACACCAGAAGGUGCGGGGCGGUACUCCCUGAAGGCGAGCAUGAGUGCGAGCACCAAGAUGUGCUCGCUGGCCAGUGUGUCCACCGAGAUGCUGGACCUGGACCUGAAGAGGUCCGGGGGGGACAUUCCAAGCCACAUCUUCAAGGCGCGGAGUCCGGAGGUGCAGAAGAACACGACGCCCGUCGAGGACCAGGCGUGGCCUCAUAAACAGUUCGAGAAAGACGUCAACUUGAGGACUCUGCCGUCCAUAAAAAGGACGACACACAUCGUGCACAUUUCCUCGGACAGUUCUGAUACUCCAAGCAGUGAUAUCGUGACAAGUACUGAGGUGAUUGUGUAGCUCAAGUCAGGGAAGUGCAAAAGGAACAUGGGGUUAACAAAAAUAUUUCGCUCCAGUGCAGUGCAAGUCACCUGUGCCAUUUGGUUCUUGAUUUUGAUCAAAUGUUGGUCUCACUAUUUUAUAAUUAAUUUUUAAUUCAUAUAUCAGCACAUAUAUUAGAAGGGAUUAUAUGUAUUAAAUUAGGGGAAAUGCCCCAUGUCAUCGAAAAAUAUCUGAAUUCCCUCUAAUUCAUUAUUUUUUGGUUCUCCCCAUGUUCUCUCUGCCUUAUGCCUUUAUUGUGAUCAUGGACCUCCCAGGUUCUCCUGGGAAUUCCUCCUCAUUUUUUUGUAUGGUAAUAAUUUAUAAUCAUUGAAUCGUGAUGUGCUUUAGAGCUUUAUACAAGGAGACACUCAAUUGGAAGCA